GUGAAACUGUGCCAUAGGUUGCGAAUUGCAUUUUAUUGGAUUUUCUGUCGGAAAUUAUGGCUCUACCGACCCCAAAACCCGGCAAUAAGCUGCAGUUGCAGCCCCUUAUGCCGGAGGAUAUGCGUUCCGAGCUGAUUGCUGCGUUAAAAGUGCAAAACAUACAAAACUUCCGGCCGACCAGCAUCAAUAAAAGUGGUCGUCGAUUUGCUUUACCCGGUUCCCACAGCAACAGCCCCGUGCGGACACCGUUGGCAAGGGAUACGGCACAUGGUGGCGUCAGUGAUGAGCAAGACAAACGGCAUCAACUGAGACUGCAAGCGAUCCGUGAAAUCCGAUCCUCGGAACAAUCCUAUCUACGCCAGUUGGAGGUGUUACUCGAGUUCUUUGUGACUCCGCUCCGUACCAACGGAUUCCUGACCGAGCGAGUCCAUAAUGCGAUCUUCGGUCAGCUCGACACAAUCCACAAUCUGAGCCAAGAGCUGCUGAAGAAGCUCGACGAUAAUCUUGACAACGUAGUGAAAGCAUUCACCAACCUUGGGCCCUUCUUUAAGCUGUACUCGGUGUAUGCGUUCGAUUAUCGGAACUCGCUCUGUACGCUACAGUCGCUGAUGGAGAAGAACCCGACGCUGAAACGGUACAUCAACAACACGGAAGCUAGGCCCGAGGUACAGACGAAGCUGAUCUCGCUGCUCAUCACACCGAUACAGCGCAUCCCGCGGUACCGAUUGCUACUCCAGCAGGUGCUCCUAUACACGAGCCCUUCGGAUGAAGCUUUCAAACCACUGCAGGAAUCGAUCCGUCUCGUCGAACAAUCCGUCUCGCACAUUAACGCCGUCGUGGAGGAUUACGAAAAUACCCAGCGGCUCAUCCUGGUGCAGAACGCGCUGAGCAACAAGCAACUGAAACUGGUCAAACCGGGACGCAAAAUUUUAAAGGAAGGAAUCCUUCGCAAACUCAAGACUGAUGGUUCGACUUCGAAAAAGUACUGCAUCCUCAUGUCGGACAUGUUCAUGUACUGCCGAAUGGUGCGUGAGGUGGAUGGACUGCUGACCGAGAACUCCUCGCUCGUCUGUAGCUGUGUGUUCCCGUUGAAGAAAUGUAAAAUAAUUGAACUGUUUCGGGGCAACUUUCGGCUUACCUGCAGCGGUGAUGGUACGAUCUUCAGCUCCGAUAGUGCGGAGGAAAGCCGCGCAUGGUACACGGCGAUCAAGGAAGCGAUCGAACUGCACGUGCAGUGUCGCAAGACGCUCCGCAAGCUGUCGAGCAACCGGAAACCGAUGCGCAAAAAGCAUCUGCAACGUCUCGAGCCGGAAGCGGACGAUAUCAUGUGGUUGCUGCGCCGCAAAACGGUUAGCCCCGAUCGGGUGCAGAAACCAGGGGGCAGGAAGUUGUGGCCAUUCAAACACAUCGAUUGCCUAAAACAAAAUCAAUCUUUCGGUGAAACGAGUGGCUAUUCGGCGGCCCGAUCGACGAUAGUUUCGACAGAUCGCGUAGCCACAGUAACGAGCACAUCGUUACUGGGGGGACCAUCACGACCGCCAGUUGUGGAAGAAACAAAGCCUGCUGCUACUGCUUUUCUUGCUUCACCACCGAUGGAAGGAAUGCAGCGUAAACCAUCGGCACCGGUGGUUGAACGAGAGACGAAUGUGGACAAACGUGUCCACUUUAGGUUUCCCUCGUCUCAAUGGCGUUACUAAAUCGUGCCGUGCCCGGAACUGCACGAAUCUUGUAUCUUAACUUUGAUUAUAUUAAGGAAUCUCUUUUAUUUAUUGUAACAUUUCAA